AUGAAUUGUUUUGAUUAAUAUUGUCGUCAAAUUAUUAGACCUCCUCGUAGACAAUAUAUGAUUAGUGAUCUAGGUAAUAUACUUUUAUAUACUAAAAAGGACCAAAAAUAAGAUUUCUUUAAACUAAAGCUAUAGUUAGAGUGGAUUUUGUAUUUGAAUCCAGAAACAUCUAAUUGAACGCUAGUUAUUUUUUAACAAAAGCAAAAAAUCAUAGAUGUAUGAUUUAUUUACAUGGAAAUGCAAGUUGUAGAUUAGAAGGAAUUAGGUAUGCUGAAAUAUUGGCAUCAUGGGAUAUAAAUUUAUGUGUUUUAGAUUUUGCUGCCUGUGGUAUGUCUAAAGGUGAAUUUAUUACCAUGGGAGUAUAUGAAAGUUAAGAUGUUAUAGAACUAAUGAAAUAUAUUGAGAAUAAUUUUGGGAAAGUAGAUGAAUUCAUGCUCUGGGGUCGUAGUAUGGGAGCAGUUACUGCUCUACUCUUAACUGAAAAUUCUAAAAUUAGAACAUACAUCAUUGAUAGUGCUUUUUCGGAAUUUCGAUAAUUAUUGUAAGACAUUGGCAAUAGACAAUUUGGAGUCUUCUCAUUCAUAUUAUAUCUUGCUAUCCCCAUUUUAAGGAGAAAAAUAUUGAAUUAAGCCUAAUUUGACAUCAAUCUUCUAAACCCCAUUGAUAAAUUAAAAUAAGUUAUUCCUAAUAAAAAGUUCUUUUUUGUUGCAGGUAAAUCAGAUACUCUCAUUUCUUAUUAAUACACUCUUAAAUUAUAUGAAAAUUGUUAAAUGCCUAAAAAAUUAGAUAUUUGUGAAGGAGAUCAUAAUUCUAAUAGACCAUCUACAACAUUAUAAAGGAUUAUUGAAUUUAUAAAUGAAGUUUGUGAAUUUAAAAAUAAUCAAGAUUAUUAAAUUAGGAUAGAACCUUAUUUUAAAUUUUAAAUUCAACAUUCCUCUGAAGAAGAGGAAGAUUCAAAAAAUUAAAUCUUACUAUCAGAAAUUAAGACUCCUCAAACAAAAUAAUAAUUUAUAAGCAACUGA